GGUCAUGCAGCUUCGAAUCCUCGUGUGCGGCGUGGCAGAGCAGCGCUGGAAAUCGGUCUUUCCGGAGAACCAGUAGCUGAUACUAGAGACUACGUUGACAGGGACGAGGACACCAGUGGGGAAGGCUUUGACGACGAUGAUAAGAGAAGAAGGCAUCGCGUAAAGACGGUGAUGACGCUCACACAAGCGGAGCGUUACGACUCGGACGAUGAAGAUACAUCAGCAGAACCUCAGCGAGGGCAGCAUCAUGCUCACCUACUGAGACGUGGGAGGGGACCGGAACAUUUUGGCUAUCACUCAAUUCCUGGCGGCCUCUUUUCAAUGCGAGCAGCAGAAAUGGCAGCACUUUCGUCUGUCCCUAAAAGAGCGCCGCAGGAAUCCAGUCCCCAAGCGGCGGAAAGCGGAACUGCUAUGGGCGGCGCAGUCAUCGGUGUGAUUUUCUUUUUCUUCAUCACGAUCCUGUUUAACUCCGCGGCGUGCAUUCUAGCACACUUUGCAAAUACCGAAAUUAUCACAAUGGAAUCCCAAGGCCGAGAUGUGGUUCAUGUGAAAAGUACAAUCCAACUAUGACUAUCCAUGUCUUCACAUAUUAAAGUAAGUACAAUCAAUCCAAGUAUGCGCGCGACUCCACCUCAUCCUGAUAUAGAUUAGAUUCUAAAUUAUCCCUCUUAUUCGAUGGAUAUUGAUUACAACCUAUUAUUUUCAAAGAUACCAAAAUAGACUUCGCUAGUUCUCUACAGUAAAAUUGUAGUCUGCUGCUCUAACGUUGAUUCAGAAGGAGCCGCAAGACACGCGUCCUCCGGUGCUUCUGAGUCAAGAGCGCAAAUACUAUCGCAUCGGGGUGAUGAAGUACCGCGGCGCUUCAGAUGAAGACGAUGCAAUUUAGGCGGUCAAUUUUUAUGUACUCGUGAACAUGCUAUAAUCAUGCGAAUAAAUAAUUAGUUCGGAACUUCCUAAGUAUCCAGUUUUAGGAACGCAAACCGGAUACCUAAAUGAUGUUGGACACUCGUGUAAUUUUCAUCCACGUACAUCAUCAAGUAGAAUUAAGAAGGUUCUGUUGUGUGUAAAGCUUCUUCUGGAUCAAAGAAUAUUUGAUUUCGUCAUUUAAAGGCGGUUCUAUUGCGAGGUCCCGUCGUUUAGAAGCCAUAUUGAUCUUUCUAAACAACGGCCCUCUGGAAUUCAGGAGAGCCUGUGGAGAAAGACUUCUGGGACGAGCACGUCGUAGAGGAGGAUGCGAGCUUGAGCCGCAUAGGAGAUGAUGAGGUGGAUCCGUCUGACAGAGAUGAGUUCGACGACGACCAUGAAUCUGUGACGUCGAGUUAAGGGUCAUGGUAUUCAAUCGAUUUCCACAGACUUCUCCUUCACCUUCAGGCCAGUUCUUAGGGGAAUUAGAACAAGGUGAAAGUCGAACCUUUAUGAAACUGCGCAGAAGUUUUUCCCUGGGAACAGAUUGUUGGAACGUGCUAAUCGAGUCGGCAACACACUGCUGCAAGCGAAAUUGAGAGCCCCGCUAGCUUAACCGAUAUUGGCCUGUUGUGUGAGGAGGACACCGCCACCAGCGUCUCUUCGAACGAGGUCUCUGCUUCACUGAUGUUGUUACGGUAUUUGAUGCAGUAACGCUUUACUAGUACAUAUGUUACCACGGAGUCGUACGUACGAGGAUUGUUGUCGUUCUCCUCCAACUUCUAACGUUGACAGAGACAAAAAAACUGCGAGCCGCAGCGGAUUCCUGGAUGGCCAAGAAAAGUCGUUUGAGCGGACCUUUUAGGGGACAGCUGCUGAUUCCUGUGGAAAAUUUUCCAGAAGCUUUUGAAACUGCUUCCUUUAUGGUGCAAGUAGCGCAGGCUGGGUACGUAGUGGUCCUACCCGGUGGACUCUUCGUUACGCUUACGUUUUUCCUAUCGCUCUGGAGCGCCUCCGCAGUCGGCUUUUCUCCGGAGCGCCUCUCAGAAUCGUUUCAUAAAGACGACGCAACCACAAUUGAACAUACUAUUAUGAACUCGACAUCUUAUAAGCUGGUGCUAAUGAAGAUCUGACUCCAACUUAAGACCUAGGCUGAGUGUCUGAGUAGACUUGGGUCCACUAGUAAUUUGAACUGUGAUAGAUACCUUUGUUCGCGAGCUUUACUUAUUCUAAUCCUGAGCGAAAGUCCUCGAGGCAGAAUUUUAACGUGAACUUUGGUAUCUAAUAUGGUCAGAAAUCUAAUUUGAGCAUGGCUGCAGCAGUGAUAACGCACCUGGGACCUUUGUCGCUCAUUGUCGUUGACAGUUACCUGUCGGAGCAGCCGUUUUUCAUCAAGCACUGGCUGUACUAUGUGCUUUUCUUUCUGAAAUUUUCGUCGUUUAUCCUCUGUUGUCUCGCUUUUGACAUUCGCGCGCCAUGCGAUUGCUGCGGCGUAGGAGGUUGCCGCGCGGGCGCUCCAUUGCCGCCAGGGUGCCGCUUUAUGACCGAAGCGGAACGGCGGGAGCAUGAUGGGAAUUUGCUUUACGGAGGAGUUGGAGGCAAAAACCGCCGUUCAUUUCCGCACAUGUGCUCCUACUUCACAGGGUUCAACGAAUGGACAACACCUGGAAUUAUUCUCAUGGUAUGGCGGUAGAAGACAACCCCUGGAAUCAUUUCCGUCAUGGUACUUAAUCUCGUCAAGGGACAGCAACAGAGGCAGAGCUGGACGAAAACCUUGGCGACGUGAAAGGUUAGUUGCUUGGUUUCAAACAGUGCUUUUGUUCAUCGCUAAGCACUUGCCCAGUCUUUGGAUAGGCGGAAGACUCCGUUCUCAGUGACCGUUCAAUUAGGUAGCAUGAAAAUUAAUCUUAAUCUUUUUUCUAAAGUCGUACGCUUUUUCGCUGGCGUUUGUUUUGGCGCCAUUGGUGCUAUUUUGCAGCUGGUAUUUCGUUUUUUGGCGACAGAAGAAGUACUGGACCCGCAUUGCAAGAUGUUGGGAAUUACGACGGUUAGCGAUUUUCAGCAAUAAUAAGUUAGACGCAGUGCCGCAGCAGGCAAAUACUGAGGGCGAACAGCAGCCGACGAGAACAUUGGCUCUACAACCUACGGCUCGACAGCCUGUGGCUUCACAAUCUACAGCCACUGCUACAACUAAUGUGGUAGAAGCACAGGUGACAGUGGCAGAGACUUCGAUCAAGGAGGAGGAUCGCGAAGCACCGGUAUUCGAUCCCGAUCACAGCCAGUUUCCAGAGCUAACUGCUAGUCGUGAUGGAGCACAAAACUAUAGAGUUCCAAAUGGUAGUGCAGCAGCAUCAGCAGGUGAUGCAAGCACGAGAGGAGCCACGGGAACUGGGGUCCAGGGUGCUCGUACUAGGACGUCAGGAGCUGUGGUUGACAGAGCAGCACAUAAACGAACCUAUCGUCAUGUUAUAGAGCAAGACCGAAUCCAACCUCCACCAGAGCAUGUGGAAGAGGGGCUACAGAAGGGCGCCUUUGGUACGUUCCUAGCCUCGUUUCGGUGUUCUUUCCAGAUAAGGCUAAGUAGUUCGUCCGAUAUUCUUGUGAAGUAUUUUGAGCGUCAUUUCUGUUUAAGCCAUUCGUCAUUCACCCAUUAUCUUAAGUGUGCCGCGACGUGAAUGCCAAGUUCUGCAAAUAAGAUUCAUCAGAUAGUGAAUGACUACUGCUAAUCAAUGUUGGCCUCACGAACAAGGAAUGGCUCGAUGCCUAUGUCAGCAGCCGUCUGUUUCCUGCUGAAGGGCAAUUUCUCCGAGCACGCAUGCUCCUCUUUUUCGCCUACAACUUCAUCGUGCUCUAUUUUAUGCUGGAGGUUGCUCAGUCCCAGGCGGCUGCUACAGUUUAUUUUUUUACCAUGAAGAUGUACAGGCUUUUCGGAUGGAGCGCUAUUCAUUCGUGCCUUUUUUACCAAGUGGGUAGUCUCUGCAAGACCUAGAAACUUGUUUUUUACUAUUGUGUCUCCCUCUAAAUCUGCUAUCGUUUUUGUCGCGUCGGAGCGGAUUCGCGACCACGGCUGGUUUGUCUACCUUACGCAUUGGAUGUUCUUCAUUUCUUCCUUCUACCUGCUAGCCGCCUUGUGGUGUACUUAUGACGCGCAGCAAUUUGUACAGGAACGCGGUAUUGUGUGGUGCCGAUAAGAAGACGCUCUCGUCCAUUGGAGCGCGGCGGUAGAACGUGGUGCCAAUGAAGAGAAGGUGGACUGUGAAGAUGUACAGGCUUUUCGGAUGGAGAGGGGGCCUCGGGCGUAUAGGAUACACAACGCAGUGAGUUCACGAGGUGUGACAAUUAAUGAUUAUUCGUCGAAUCAGGCCUACAUACUUGUCAACGGUAGCUAAAUACAUCAGGGUCACGUCCCUCCUGCAACAGGGGGGCCUCGUGGAUCGUCAACGUUUACCUUCAGAGAAUUUACAUACACACACAUCAUCAUUUUCACGCGUUGCACAGACUCCAGCAUUAGCAGCAAAUGAACAGAAAGAAAAACUUUUUCAAUUUCUGUAAAGGCAAUGAAAUGUAGGAG